AAAACGGAAAGAUACAAAAAAUUGGAACAAUAGAGAAAACGGGCAAGUACGGGUAGUAUAAAUUGGGGUGAAAAGAUGGUAAGUUUGUAACUGAGAAAUGGAAAGAGCAGAAAAAGAGGCUGCUCUUACCGGCGCAGCUCCCUCCGAUUCGCCCACCAUAUUUGACAAGAUCAUUAACAAGGAAGUUCCAUCCACAGUUGUUUAUGAAGAUGAUAAGGUAAUAGCUUUUAAGGAUAUUGAACCACAAGCUCCUACACACAUUCUGGUGAUCCCAAAAGUGAGGGAUGGCUUGACUGGCCUCUCUAAGGCAGAGGAGAGGCACUGUGAAAUUCUUGGCAGGCUUCUUUACACUGCAAAGCUUGUUGCUAAACAAGAAGGUCUUGACGAUGGCUUCAGAAUUGUGAUCAAUGACGGACCAAAUGGAUGGCAAACUAUUUAUCACAUUCAUGUUCACGUCAUUGGAGGACGUCAAAUGAACUGGCCUCCAGGCUAAGCCGUCAUCAUGGUUAUGUUCCUUCUACUCCCAUGGCGGUAGAAGCAUAAAUUGUAACAGUGAUAAAAACUAUUAAUAAGGAUUUGUUAUUUACCUUGAGCAAAUAUUGGUGCUCCAUGUAACUCUUAUUGUGUUGAGCUUCAUAAUUAUAUAUUAAGCAAAUAACUGUUGAACUAAA